AAGGAAUUUUCACAAAAUGUAUUCCACUCUCAUCUUCGUGCAAUGUAUUGGAAGUGUAAUGGUCAUUUGCGUUUUAGGAUUUCAAUUGAGUGUUACUAUACCAUUUCCAUCUGAAACAUUCUUUAUACAAUCUAUUUACUUGUUUUCCAUGAUUUUUCAAAUAUUCUGUUAUACAUGGUUCGGUCAAAAAUUGAUGAUUAAGAGUGAAAGAGUGACCGAGGCGUGUUAUUUGUCCAAAUGGUACGAAUUCGACUUUAAAGUAAAAAAGUCUUUAUUAAUUUUGAUGACAAGAUGCUCGAAAGCAAUUGUUUUGUCGGCUGGAAUAUUCGAUCUCACCCUAGAAACAUUUACAAUGAUCCUGAGAACGUCCUAUUCUUACAUGGCUGUUAUAAGAACAGUAUUCGGUGAUUAUAUGACAAAAAAACAAUCAACCCCUUGAAUAAAAAUUUUAGAUAGACAUAUGUAGAUACACACUGUUUAAAUAAAUUUU